AAGCAAGCUCAGCCCCACCAGUACCGCAAUCGACCGUCCGGAACUGGGCACCAAGCAUCGCUCCCCCAGCAGCUCCAAGAAGGAAAAGCGGCGCAGUAACACGACGCUCUUCGGCGAUGCGGUCGCGGGCGAGGAUAUGGACGUGCUGGCAGCGGCGUACGGCCUUACCUUGUUCCACAAGCAAGCGAAACGGAUGGCGAGCAAGGCAAAAUUGGCGAAGAGCUCGAGCGCAAUCUUAGAUGGGGGUAAGGAUAAGAGCGGCUUGUCUCCCGCAGGAGCAGGAGGAAGUGAAGACGAGGUGCAGUCUGCAAAUGGAAAAGGCACAAAGCCAGAUGUUGGAACGGGCCUGAAGACCACGGCAGGAGCAGCAAGUAGUGCCACUGACAUUGUUGAUUCGACGCACGACAUCAGGAGAGCAGAAGAGGAUUCUUUUAUGCACGAGAUUAGACACGACGACGAUCACGACGAGGAUCAUGAAAUCGUGGUCUCGCAGCAUGAUGAACAAGGAGGAGUGAUCAUGAACAGCACGAAUUAUGCAGCAGAUGCUGUCACCUUAUCUGGUGACAUCAAAAUCGCCAUGAUCGCACCAGCACAUCAGCAGCAGCUUCCGACUAUUCCGGAAAAGGGAGAAACGCCGCAAGUACUGUCGCCGAAGACCGAAGACGAGGAGCAUAUUACUGAUAAUUCGUUGGCCGCGGAUAACGUUAACGCCGGUGGUGCUGAGAAUAAGGUACAAGCUGGUGACGAGCCGGCAACCACGAGAUCUCCACCGCCAGCGCCAGCUGCGAAUGACAGUGGUGCUGUUAAAGUAGAGAAAGACCGUGAUUUUGUUGACCUGUUCGAACGCGGCGACGCGUUCACAAGCGUGAUGGACCCCGACGACGAGGAAGACGAUCGCGUUCAAGAUCCGGAUGGCGAUGAUGUCCAGGAUAAGAAUAACUUUCAAAAAGUAGAACCACAAACAAGUGGUGCUUUGUCUGCGCGCGAGGUGGAAGUGGAGGACACUUUCAAGAAAAACAUGAACGCUAACGCAGAGAUAGAUCAGAAGAACGAGGAAGAAAACAAUUAUCAGUUGUCUGAACAAAUAACUCGGAAGACGGAACAGCAUGAAGUUGAAGCGAACGAGGAACAAAUCCCCCCGAAUGGUGGAACAAGCGCACGACUCGCAGCUGCGAUCAUGACAGUUGACGGCGCUGCUGCGUCAACGUCUUCUAUUCUCGACGGUGGAGCAACAGGCUCUGUUGAUGAGGCAAGUAGUCCGGCUGCGGCCCACAUUUCUGCAAUACCUACACAUGAUGCACAAGAACACGACCUGCAAACAGGACCCGAAACAGACCUCCGCCCGCUCGCAACGACGAACUACCUUCGUAAUGAGUAUCCGGAAGGCACGGAGUUUUCCAGCAUGCGCGGGAUGUUCUCGAAAGCGGAAGAGAACUACGUCGCGAACGAGGGCAUUAGUGCAGCGGCAGAGACGUUUGAUCAAGAGCAUCAUCCUGUCACGCCCGGACACGACGCAAUUCCAGAUCCAGACCAAGCAGCGUUUGCUGUUGGCGACACGACACCAGCAGCAGCAGUAGGAGCGUCAGCGGUCUAUAGCUACACUACCAAUGCGCAACAAGAGCACGACCAGCACGAGCCUUAUGCUGAUGAAGAUGAAGUUGAAGACAGCACCCGAUUACUUGUAAAGCGGAAAAGCGGUGGCAAUGUGCGGGCGGAGGACGGUACGACAAGUCCAGACAGUCUUCGCACCCGUGUCAGCCAGACUGUAAUCGAGCAGGACCGCAGGAUUUCUCCCCAGAGGAGUGCACGUGCGAAGUUGAAAGCGGCCAUGACCUUCAUGAAGAUGCAGCACGAUUACAGCCCCGACGGGGCGGGGCAUCGUGAGCAGGGACAACCAAAGGCUGCGGGUACGGGUGCCGCCGCAGCCGCAGGCAUAUCUGCUGGCGUAACUACGAACGAACAUCAGGUUGAGCAGUCUUAUACAGCGAGCAAGAGUUACUACGGCUACAACGCGGACAACACAGCAGCAAGUUACAGUGCAGCAAGCGCAAGUCCAACGUCAGACUCCUACUACGCCGCUGGCAAAACGCCGAAUCCGCCACUUGCGUAUGCCCCGAGGGCAACGAAUAAUUCUACUGCCACUGCGUACUACGAUCCUCACCAGUACAGCUACAAUCAAGAGCAGCAUAACGAGAAAGAUAAAGAUUAUCACCAAGAAGUGGUGCCCGCCCCGGCAGUCAAGCCGGUUUCUCC